AUGUCUGCAACACCACAAAUGCUUCGUGUACAUUUUAAUCGAAAAAAUCCAUGCCGACCUCGAGUUAUUCCUGUUACAAACUCUAAACAUAAAUCAAAAUUGAAAGCCCCAGUAGUUCACGCACGAGGAAUGGAUCGAAGAAGAGAAAAACCACAAAUCGACCCAGAAGCAGGUCCCGGUCCAUCCACCCAAUCCAAUAGGGAAAAAUUAACUGAACCAGAACCCCAAAAGAUUAUUAUAUCUCAAGAAGAAUAUGAUUAUCUUAAAGCUCUAGGAAUGAUAGAAGACAAAGAGAACAAGAAUGCUACGAAUUCAGAUAAAUAUUUAUCUCGAAAAGAAUUUGAGUACUUCAAAGCUUUAGGUUUAAUAGAAAAAGAUGCCGUAUUGGAUACUGGUAUUAACUUUAUUCAAAUUAGAGUUAGCGAUCCAGAAAGACCCCAUGAUAAUUUUAAUUUAUUAAGUAAUUGGGAAGCCAUAGUUCCAUCCAUAAAAAAUCCAGCAUAUAGAUUUAUCAAACCAAUAUCUGAUCCUAAAAAAUAUGCAGAAAUGCCAUAUAUGCCUCAGUUAUUAGCAAAUGCUAGAGAUGAAAUUACAAGAGUUCUAAAAAUCGAGCUCAAUGAAAAGGAUCAAAUAAAUACAGCAUUAGUUGUCUUUUGCUAUUAUGAAAAAGUAAAUAAAUCGCAAAAAAAAGAGGAUAAGGAAAAUAAUAUAUUGUAUCGUCAUCAUAGAAGUUUAAUGCACCCUAUUUUAUCUGAAAAUGAUAUAGAUGACCAUAUAUCUCGAUCAACUUCAGAAAUAGAUAAAGACAUUGAGGAAAUGUUAAGAGGAUCUUUUAAACCUACACCUAAAAAGCUCGCAAAUACAAAAUGUACUAUUAAUCCGGAUAAUUCAGAUAUUAUUAAUCCAGCUACAGGAGAGCCAACAGACAAUUGUCUUAAAGAGCGAGUUAAUUUAGAUGGAAUUCCUAUGCCUACUCCAAUUUGCUCACGUAUAUUCAAUAAGAUUGAAGAAAUGAAUCCAGAUAUCUCUAUUAAUGUCUGGGAAUGGAAAGAGGAAACAGCCACUCCGAAAUCUGUAAUUGCUAGUAAGAAUUUUAAAAGACCUCAUAAAAUUAAUCUUAUGGCUCUUACUGAUAUUAUUAAAUCUGAAGAAGAUAAAUAUUGUCAAAAGAACCACUUUCUCUGGAUAAAGAAUAUAAAUGGAUUAGUGUUUAAGGACACAGCUCAUCACGGAAAAAAAUAUCUAUGUCAUGGUUGUACCCAAAGUAUGCCAUCAAUAAAAGCACUACUCCAUCAUCAAGAAUGGUGUCCUGGUAUACAUGAGGAAGCCCCUCAAAAAGUUACAUUACCAAUAGAGGGAGUUAAUAACUUUGAAGAGUUUAAGAACUAUGACCGAAUGAUUAAUGCUCCAUGUGUUAUUAUAGCCGAUUUUGAGUCAGACAACAAGAAAUGGGAUAUAAAGCAAGUCUCAGAAUAUGGCGGGAAAAUGCGUAAGAUUGCAGAACAAAAGGCUAACAGUUUCUGCUAUUUGGUUUACUGGAUCGAUACUGGAAAUGUAUGGGGGCCUUUUAUAUAUCGAGGAGAAAAUGCUACUCAGGAAUUUGUUAAAAGAAUUGAUAAGGAAUUGGUUCAAAUUAAUAAUGUCUUAGCUAUAAAGCAUGACCGAAUUGAGACCGAAGAAGAUAAAAAGAAAUUCAAUGAAGCAGAUAACUGUUGGAUCUGUAAAGGUAAAUUCGUUGUAGAUGAGAAUAAAGUAGCUAAAUUAGAAACCGAAUAUAAAAGGCUUAAUGAGAUCUCAGAUAAAUUACCAAAAGAUGAUGAAAGAUAUAUACCAAUAUGGAAAAAAUUGACUCCUAUUCCAAUUGUAUUUCAUAACUUUCGAGGAUAUGAUUCCCACUUAGUAUGUGAAUCUGUUGGUCGAUCGGUUAAUGCACAUCAAAUCACGGUUGUAGCUGAAACGUUUGAACGAUAUAAAACAAUGAAGGUAGGACAACUUAAAUAUAUUGAUAGCUUACAAUUCAUGAAUAAUAGCUUAGCCAAUCUUACAAAGAACUUAAAUGGAGAGCAUCCAAUAACUACUAAGCAUUUUACAAAACUAGGCUAUUCUUUAGAUCAAAUAGCUUUAGUAAGCCGAAAAGGAGUUUAUCCUUAUGAUUAUAUCGAUUCUCUUAAUAGAUUCUCAGAAAUGGAACUUCCACCAUUUCACGAAUUUCAUAGUGUUCUAAGCGGAAAAAUUAAUCAAAAAGAUUAUGAAUAUGCCAAAACUGUAUGGAAGGAAUUUAAAUGUAGGAAUCUAGGCGACUACCAUGAUCUUUAUCUUAAAACUGAUGUACUUAAUCUUGCGGAUGUCUGGACCAAAUUCCGAAAAACAUGUAUAGAAUAUUAUGAACUCGAUCCAAGUCACUAUGUAUCUGCUCCAGCUUUAUCUUGGGACGCUAUGCUUAAGAUGACUGGAGUUAAAAUCGAAUUAUUUACAGAUAUGUCUAUGCAUGAUUUUACUGAAAAAGCUAAACGAGGAGGUAUAUCUAUGGCAGGUCAUCGAUAUUUUAAGGCCAAUAACCCUAAAAUCGGUAAAUUAUAUGACCCAUCUAAACCUACAACAUGGAUCUCAUAUGUUGAUGCAACAAAUCUUUAUGGUUGGGCUAUGAGUCAAUAUUUACCUAUUGGAGAUUAUAAAUGGGAAGGAAGAGAAGUCCAUUUUAAAAACAAUCCAGAUUUUCAAAAAGAAAUGCUUAAUAAAAUUCUUAAAACUAAGGCCGAUUCAAAACGAGGAUAUUUUAUAAAAAUUAAUUCUCAUUUUCCUAGUAAGUUACAUGACUAUCUUAAUGACUUACCUCCUGCGGUUGAGAAUGUCGCAAUAAAAAAGAAUCAGCUUAGUCCUUAUAAUAUUGAUCUUAUAGAGAAAUUGGAUAAUGGUCACUUUACUAAAACUGAAAAAUUAAUUACCCAUCUUGGACCACGAAAAAACUACGUUAUCCAUUAUCAAGAACUUCAAUAUUAUAUUAAGUUAGGAAUGGUAGUAGAUGAAGUUUUAGAAGUUUUAUCAUUUAAUCAAUUACCUUGGUUAGCUCCAUAUAUUGCAUUCAAUACUAAGAAACGUCAAAACGCGAAGAACACUUUUGAAAAGGACUUCUUUAAACUUAUGAAUAACUCAGUAUAUGGCAAGACUAUGGAAAAUGUUCGUAAAUAUCAAGACGUUAAGCUUAUGAAGAUGACUAAUGAACAGGAUGAGAAAGUAUUCUUAAAAAAGGUAUGUAAGCCAUCUUUCAAAUAUGCUAGACGACUUGGUCCUUCACUUAUAGGUGCACACAUGGGGAAGGCUAGUGUAACUCUCAGUAAACCGAUUAUAGUUGGUGCUUCUGUUUUAGGACUCAGCAAGUUUCAUAUGUAUAAGUUUUGGUAUGGAUAUGUAAAAGAGAGAUAUGGUAAUAGUGCUAAGUUCGGUUAUAAGGAUACAGAUUCUUAUAUAUUUGAAGUUGAAACAGAAGAUAUUUAUAAGGAUAUGGCAGAGCGUCCUGAUAUCUUUAAUUUUAAUGGGGAUGCAACUGUUGGAAAAUUUAAAGAUGAGACAGCCGGCCAAGUAAUCACAGAAUCAUUUCAUAUUCGAUCAAAACUUUAUCAUUACGUGUUAGCAGACAAUUCCACAAGAUCUAAACAUAAAGGUGUUAGUAAAAAUG